AUGCAGGAGUUCACUGGUGGCGGCGGCGGCGGAAGGGAGAAAAUCCCGGAGGGUACGCUAUGCGUUGUUUGCUCGGAUUUGGCAAGCGGUAUCCAUUAUUCUGUUGCCAGUUGUAACGGAUGCAAGACUUUUUUUCGCCGUGCGCUAGUGGUGAGUGCUUUCCUCGUGCUUCAUGAUAGGGAUAAGAUUCGUUACACGAAACGCUCAAAAAAGGUGAAAGAAGAGAAACCAUAUGAUAUUGCGGACGCUACAAAUGGGAAAAUUGUAAAGGAGGAAGGUGAAAAUAGUCCACAGAGCGUGCUAUCAUUUGAUGAUGCAAUUGCAAGUCCGUCCUCGAGCUUUGCUGGCCAGAGUUUUGGACCGGGAAGCAAUGGACCGUUUAUAGAUCAAGACAUUCAGGAUAUACAGAUGGAGAUGUCCGGUUUGCUUUCGGACCUUUUGAGCUUGGAGCACAAGAUCGAUGGUGUUCGAAAUUCGAAUAAGUUCCCUCCACAUACAUCGGUUGCAUCAUGCAUGUAUGAUAGAAGACUUCUGAAUGACGAAGCUUGGCUGUCAACCUACACUGUGCCUGUGCAAGCACUCGCUACUCCGGUUCCAUGUGAUCGAGAAAACAUGCGCGCCUGGUUUGUCAAAGAUCUGACACUGAUGAUUGAGUGGGCGAAAUGCAUUCCACAAGUGCGACAGCUGCUUCUCAAUGAUAAGUUGGCUUUGAUUAAAGCAUUUGCGCCAGUCUAUCCGCUGAUCCAGCUUGCCUAUUAUUCGUGCAUGUAUGAGCAGGCGCAGUCGCUGCAUAGCCCGGCGGAUACUGCUGUGUCAGCAUCCUCCACUGCAUCAGCAAGAUUAUCGCUUGAUUCAAAUGGAAUAGUUGAUGGAUUCUUGACAGUUGAACGGUUGUGGUAUCCUGACGGACGUUUCCUGGUCAGAGAGGAUCUUGAAGCCAAUAGCGCAGUAGCUAAUGGGAAGAAAGUAUUGCCGAUAAACGCUCUCCUUAUUGACGGCGUAUGUCAACAGAUUUUGAGGCUGAAACUUUCGGAAAGUCAUAUGGUUUUGUACAAAAUGAUGCUUUUCUUUAAUCCCGACGCGGAUGGGUUAUCGGUAAGAGGGCGAGCGACUGUGGGAACAGAGCGAACAAAACUUCUGAAUUAUCUGUAUGCUCAAAUUAUCCGUGACCGUGUGGGCAGACAAGCCACCGAACUCUACUCGAAUCUGCUCAUGAUGACUUCCACUCUUAUUGUUAGUUUUUCCUCUCAUUUUCUACUUCCUCAUUUGCCGCAGAAACUGUCGUCAGCUUUACCUGUCGGCAUUUUAUUGUAUGUUCAGACAGCUUCCGCAGAUAGUGAAUAUUGA